GAAUGCCCGACCGACAGAUUCCCUGACAAAAUGCAGAUGGCUCCUUUGUUAUAAGACACAAAGACGGAAGUAAAACCAAAAGUUUGUCGAAUGCGUCAGUUUGUUGGCACUGGUCUGUUUUUAGAGAAUACUUUUUGAAGAUUCCAAGGAGGUAGGAGUUAUAAGAUAGGAACUGCUUUUACUUGGACAGAGUCAGAGAGCUUCUAGCAACAACAAGGGACUUAGCGAAAAUGGGCCUAGACGCGGACCUUGGUACUCAGGCCAGCUUUCCACUUAGAGGUUGGGAAGUUGCGUUAUACACCAUCAUAACUAUCGUUGGUAUAACGGGAAACUCCAUGGUGAUAAUCGUUUUGAAACGGAAUAAAGAUAUGAGAAACUGUGCAUUUGGAAUAUACUUGGGAUCACUGGCAUUUGUUGAUGUAUUGGUGUGCAUUUUGUGUCUGCCUGUGUACAUAACAUCCACUGAUGUCUUCAAGAAUCAUCCUACUGGUAAGGCUGGGGACAUUGUUUGCAAAACAUGGACAAACUAUUUUAUUUUGUUCUACUUUGCUGUGAUUUCUGUCUACACACUUGUUGCCAUUUCAUACGAAAGAUAUCUAGCCAUUUGCCAUCCCGUUAAAUCAAGAGUUCUUUCAUCGACAGCACGAGCGAAAAAAAUUGUUAUCGCAAUCUGGAUUUUUGCUAUAGUCCCAAACAUCGCACUGAUUGCUGGGAUGAAAUGGGCAGAGCCAGGCAAGGCUAGUUUCGGGGCACAUUGUACAGCCGUGGAAUUCAACGACACUGGCAUUUGGAUUAUGUUUUAUGUCAUAAUUUUGGUCAUGCAAUACCUCAUACCCAUCACAUGCAUGGUUGUUUGUUUUGCCAAAAUCAGAAAAGCCCUUAACGAGUACAAAAAGAAGGCCAUCUCAUGCAAUGCACCUCACGUGAGGGCUGGUGAAUUGUCAGUGCUUCGUACACGAGGAAAGACAAUCCGAACUGUCAUCAUCAUGAUUUCAGCAUACUUCCUGUGCUGGUCUCUGAACCAAGUCCUCUAUUUCCUGUUGAAUAUCGGCUAUGGCAUCGUUUGGAAUGGUGAUCUUAUGCAGGUCAGCGUCGUCAUGUGUUUUUUGUCCUCAUGCAUCAACCCGAUAAUCUACGCACGCAGGAGCACUCAGUUCAGGCAAGAGUUUUCCGCUCUCCUUGUCUGUUGCUUUGGCAAAAAGAGAAAAAGAGAGCAUACUAUCACAGACGAUUCGAGCACAUAUGGCACCAUGAAGACAGUCAUGUAAACACAAAUGGAUACUUAAUAUGGCUUUACACUUCGCAUAUCAAAGCUGGAUUAAGCAGUAGAUUGGACUGUAAACACAAGAUUCCUGGUAUUAAAUCAUGGGACUUGAAUUUUAUGAUUUUUCUUUUGCUGCAUCGUUUUUUCACAAAUUGGCAUUACUCUUUACUGCCGUUCAUGUAAUUUUUCGUGUUUUUAAUGCUUCAUUCAUGCAAGUAUUUUUCACAAAAGUGAUCUUUUUGAAGAUUUUAUUUGCUUAUAUGUUACACAAGUUGUAAAAAUGUUGGAGAAACUCCUCCCCCUUUAAAUAAAUUCCCGAUUUGUUCUAUGGUCCAUUAAUAGAUAAUAGGUUAUAAUGAGAAAGGCUGCCCUUGAAUUGAAUAUGCCAAAGUUCUCUUUACUUUGUGUCGUUCUAUUCUAGGUGAAAUCGUAGCAGCAUUAAUACAAAUAAGUCAAAGAUCAUUUCGUAUCUUACUCACAGUUUACCCCCAGUGCACCAAAGCCUGAAGAGACAAACUUUUCCGAAAAUAUCAAAGCUGCUGACUCUAAACUCUGAUUAUACACAGAAGCACUCAUUUUACUAAUGUAUGUCCAUUAUUGUCGAACGGAGUUCUUUGAAGACCAUAUAACGAAACUUUUGCUUUUAAAUGUGACCUUAAAGGCAGUCUGUCCCCUAUUAUGCUCAACUUUAUUUUCACGGGAGUGAAAUUCACUCACCGUUGAACUUGAUCGAUAAUUAAACGAUUUAAACCAAUCAGAGACAACUUUGAUUCCAGAGCUUUUGAAUCAAAUGGCUGUGUUACCAUUGCAGUGAAGCUGUGGCUAGAAAAGUAUGGCUCCCUGUUUGGUUUGUGCGACAGAUAUGUCAACAGUGAAAGGAAAUGCUUCCAUUAUCAUCAUUUUAUUCCAGUAAUUAAAUCUUCUUACCAUUACCGAUAGCUUUUUGCUCGCAGUUUCAAAUAUCGUCCACUAUCGCAGCUAGGCCAGCCAAAGCAAGCAUCGUAAUCCGUUGAGGCGGGAAGACAUAUUAGCCAAUCGUUGAGGAGACAGACUGCCUUUAAGUCAUGUAAACGUUGAAAAAUUGAACGAAAUGUAUAUAAUCUACUCAAUAUUAUUGUUUUAUAAUAUCAUACAGCAUAUGUCGAAAACAUUGUCAACUACUUAAACCUAACAUAUAUUUACACUUUCAUUUGUUAUAUAUCUUAAUAAA